UGUUUCUUCAUGCAUGUCUGAAUAAAUUAGCUUUGAAACCACUGCAGAGAUUUCCUUUCAUUGUUAACUUACCUGUCCAGUUCGAAUCAAUACAGAUCCAUUACGUCUGCGCAAAUCUCGAAGUCACAAUGCGAAUGUCUCUCCUGCUGUUCAUCUCCAAAAUGACAACAACAAUAGAUCCAGGUGAAGGCCAGUCAAGUGGAAGACGAUUUUACCUCAUGAAGCCAUCCCCUGACGCUCUCAUAUUUGCACAGAUAUGCACUUGGUUCCCUACCACAAAGGUUGAUAUAUACGCAUUGACAGGCUCAUCAUCCACACACCUCAGCAAGGUUUCUCUUCAUGAAUCAAGCUGUAGGUCUAUCUCGCUGUCAAAGGAGUUCUCAUCGACUCUCGGUAAGUGGAAUGACGUCUAUAAGGUUUUAUCGAAUUGGCCCAUAUCCAUCAUUAUAUACAUAAGACUAAAGGAAUAUAGUGAAACAUAUCUAGCGAUACCAACUAGCCGCUACGGAAGCAAGUAUAUACUGGUGACUUAUAGUCAUCAGGGCUUUCUUAUCGCCAUGGCUGAAGAUCGCUCGAGUGUCUCCUUAUGGAAACUCCACAAUAAAAGUUUUGAAGAGCACCAAACAAAGAAUAAAAGAUAUUUCUCCAUCAUUGACUGUUUAUCUCCAGAUGAGUUUGCUUUAACAGGUUCACAUAUCUACAGCAAUGCCAAGAUUGGUUUGAUAAUGGGCAGUUGCCCUGCUAUCAAUACGACAGAGAAUCCUUUCUUGAACUUUGCAAUAGAGAUGCCUGUUCCAGACUACUUUGGCAAAGAGUUCAUCAUCUUUAAAUUACCCUUCGAUUACAAUCUAAGCCUCACGACCUUCUACAGAAACGUGAAAGUUUCAUUUUUCAAUGACAUCAAUGCAUCCGAGUUUUCAGUAGAGAGCUUUCAGCCGACAUGGCUUUCAUUCGAGAGAAAUCAAGGCGCCAGACUGGUGGCUACGCAUUCUGUGCAAGUGGUGUUGAUGGUCAACAACGAGACCGACACCCAACCCUUUGGGAUGUCAAUGGUUCUUCCAGUAGAAAUAUUCACCACCCAUUACAUCUGGAUGUCCAAUAGCAUUGAAAACGUACAAGAAUACAUUGUACUAUUGUAUAGGACACAUGAAGAGCUGAUGUUAAACCUGGACGGCAUAUCUUUAUUGGGGCUAAAACACUCUCCGGUGUUCGCUGGUGCCGGAUGGUUUACAAUAAACAUCAAGAUGUCGACUGGUGCGCAUUCCAUCUUUAGCAUUAGCAAUGAACCGUUUGGUUGCUAUAGUUACGGGUUGUCCUCCAAUGUCUUCCACGUGACACCCGUUGGUUUCGGUCAGCGGAUAACAAAAUGCAUUGAGAUUUAUAGUUACCGGAUGGACGACAAGAUAGAUAAUGAUUGUGAUGGCCUCGUAGAUGAAGAAAUAAAAAAUGGGAAAGACGACGACAACGAUGGGGCGAUUGACGAGGACUUGUCGAAAACCUCAUCGAAUGGUUGUCACCACAUGUGGUUCGGCCUGCACUGUGACAUACGUUGCCACUGCUUGAAGUCGAUCUGUACUCCUAAUGGAAAUUGUCCUGAAGGUUCUCAUUGCGAGCAUGGCUACUUUGGACACAAGUGUCAGUAUAAGGACGCUGUCCUUACUGCACAUGUCAGUAACACUCAAAUAAAGAAGAGGACUGGCACAAAGUGUAAGGAUCACGUGGCUGUGAACGACUCCGUCAGAAUAACACUGGACAGGUCAAUAAGGUUCACCUGGCUGCAGAUCGAGGCCUUAAACUUAGACAAGAUGAAGAAAGGUUUUCUUGUGUACUUCACGAACCCUUUAGGCUACAGCGGCGACUGCUUCGUGGGGGACUGCCCGCAGCACAGGUACAUCCUCGUCGACAAAGAGACAGUCAUCAUCCUCUGUGAGGUCACGGCCCGGGUCUGUGAAGUUACAGUCAGCUGGGAGGGGACAAGAGACAUUUGCGCCAUCUACAUCAGCGAAGGUCGAAAUGUGGCUCUCAAACAAAGCACAUUGAUGUCCAGUGUAUACAUUGAUCACAGUCAGCGUAGACGCUAUUCCAGUCUUCCAGUAGAUGGACUCGGUGACUUGGCUAGUGGUCAGAAAGGGAGAUGUGCCCAAACUGAAUUAGGCGACAACCAUUUUUUCUGGAAAAUUACUUUUAGAUAUCCGGUUCUGAUUGAUGAGAUAUCAAUGAACUUUUUAACGUUGUCUGGUAACGCCUUCAACACAAGGUUUUUGAUAAAUUUUUACGACGAUCAUGGUAACAUUUUAUUGUCCCAUAUAAACCAGAAUGUUGUUCUGAGUUCGUAUCGUUUUGUCCCAAUGUUUGAUCGUCAUGACAACCGUGUAAAAUCCAUAAAGAUUUGGAACACCAAGCAGCGGACGACUGCAUCCGCCUUCAAUAAGUCGUUUCUAAGGCUCUGUCAGUUUGAGGCUUUUGGCGAAUGUGCGCCGCCGCUGUAUGGAGUAGACUGCCACGACAUCUGUAGCCUCUCAUGCUUGGACCAAAAGUGUACCAUUGGGGGCCACUGUUAUCGCUGCAUGAACGGCACUUCUGGAAAUCAUUGCUUCGAAGGCUGCGUCGUGUGGUGUGAUGAGCAAAAGGAAGACGCGAACGAGUCCGUACACAACUCAACGGAAUGUCCCAAACAUUUUUCACCGCGAGUACCGCUUACUCAUGUGGAGAACCUUUGGUAUGCCCUCUUCGUCACCGCUGCACUGAUUCUGAUAUUUUUCGCUGUUUCCGGAAAUUUGACCGAUCACGUUAGGAUACCCAAGACAGUGGAGGAUGUGACUGAAGGGAAGGAUGUGAGUGAAGGGAUGGAUGUGACUGACGUGAAGGAUGUGACUGAAGGGAUGGGCAUGGCUGACCGGCGAACUUCGCAGUAUUCCUCCGUUACAGCAAGUGUGACAAGCGAUGUGUCAAAAUUGACCAUGGACACGGCUGUGUAAUGUGCUGCUUAAAACCAGUGAUGAUCAAACCAGGGGCGAUAUCAGGCCUGGGACGCUUGGCUGUUCAAGCACUCGAAUCUUCUACCCACAGUGCAUUUUUAAACCACCAAGGCUUGGUUUAAUUGGAGUAUUCGGUGUCAACAACUUAUUCUAUGGAUAAGUGGCUUGCGAUGCGCCUAUCAGAUUUAUACUAGCACCAGGCCCGGAAAUGUCUGGGCACCAAAAGAUUAAACGGGAAGAAAAAAAUUUAGGAGAAACUUGCAACGUUUUAGAUUAUGUCGGGGGUGCAAAAUGUCAACAUUUAUUUUGCGUGAUUUUAUGUGUUAGAUUUUAAAGUGUCUACAUUAUCAAUUGGUGUUCCACAUUUAUUUGGUGUUAUGUUAUAUUUUACAACAUAAAGUAAAAGUAAGUAAACUCAUUUACAACGCCGGAUCGUCCCUAGGACAGAUAGUGUAACGCCAUCCAUUUGUAAGCCAAAGGUGAACAAGGACUAUAUUUCGCAAAUGCAAUGAAUUUCUCAACAUUCACCAGCUUAGACCUCGUGCUUAUUUAGAGAUGAGUUAAUUCACAGACCCGAGUUCAGACCUAAAAUUACGAUAACGGGUCUCGA